CUCGACUCUUUUGAAAAAAUAUCAUUUUAUAAUCAAAUAAUCAUUAAAAAAUUAUUUUUAAUCAAAAAAUACUCAAGUAACCAACGACCAAACCGUCAAAAAUUAAAAAUAUCAUUCAAACUAUUGUUUGAGACAAAAUCAAAAAGUCCUUUUUAUCACGAAGAGACCAAAAAAUUCCAGCCAUGGGAAAAUUUUUCGAGACAGUUUACGCUAAAGCCUGCAUGAAAUCCUUCCUGAUGAUCUUUAAUUUGGCUUUUUGGGCUUCGGGUUUGGCGAUUUUUUGCGCUGGAAUUUGGAUGCAAGUCGAAUUGAAGAAAUAUCUGGAAUUGAGUAAGGAUUUUUCGGAGAAUUUCACUUACGUGCUUGUCAGUAUUGGCGUUUUGAUUUUGUUGGUUGGGACUUUUGCGUGUUGCUGCACCGUCAAAGGGCAAUCGUCGUUGUUGUAUUUGUACGGAGGAUUCUUGGCAAUUAUCCUAAUUUUGGAGUUGGUAAUGGCAGUUUCGGUUUACGCUUACAAAGAUCGCUUAGCUGCUGAUUUCGAUCAGUCGCUGAAUCGAUCGAUGGAGGAAUAUGGACCCAAUAAAGUUCACUCUUACGACAUUGAUGUCAUGCAAAAAACAUUCCAUUGCUGUGGCGUUAAAGGUCCCAAUGAUUGGAGCGAAAAACCCAAACCGGAUCCAAUUCCACGUUCAUGCUGUAUUAUGCCAAAUUGUGAUGUUCAGGAUGAGACUCAAGUUUACCCGUCGGGAUGUUAUGACAAAGUCAUGGCUUUUUUGAACACAAACAUGUCCGUUAUCGGAGGAAUCGCUUUGGGAAUCAUAAUUUUCCCUUUGUUCGGGACGAUUUUGGCAUGUAGCUUGGCUGCCAACAUUAAUAAGACCAGAUAUGAGCCAAUGGCGUAAAUUAAAAACUUUGAAUUUCUUUUUUCUUCUUAAAAUUAACUAUAAAUGUGUUUAAAAGAGAUUUUAUCCCAUUUCAAAAGUUUUUAAGAACCCUUGAGAUUUUAUCUUAAAGACUCUAUUUAAAGUUACAUUUUAUAAAAUGUUUAUCAAAAAAGAAAAAAAAAUUAAAAGACUUAAAAAUACGUAGACAAAAUUUUUACAGCACACAAGAGAGAGAAUUUUAAAGAAAAAAAGGAAAAGUUAAUGAAAAAGCUUUUACGCACAUUAAAAAAAAAUAUUUUUG